CACAGAAGAAGGAGGUACGUCCUAGGGAUCCCGGAUAGCACUAACCUCAAAGUCAAGCUGCUCUAUUCUGUCAUAUCAACGUGAUUAUUUUCGGUCGUAUGUUCUCUUCAUUGUAACUAUAUGUUUUUACGUAUUCAUACAUGAACUGCACAUCGUGUGGAGGCGUCUUUUCAGUUCAAUAUAAACAUAGAGUCUGGCAAGAUAUUUCAACGCUAACGCAUUGCAAAGCUAGUGAAGCUAACUAGCCGAUUUGACAAGACGUUACACCAUGGAGCCCGAAGCACAGAUACGAAACCUGCGGGACUUUCUGAUGGUCUACAACCGUAUGACAGAGAUCUGUUUCCAGAGAUGCACCAGUAACUUCAACUACAGAAGUCUCACCAUGGACGAGGAGCGCUGUGCGGACAGCUGUGCGGGGAAGCUGAUCCGCUCUAACCACCGUCUGAUGGGGACCUAUGUCAACCUGAUGCCGGGGAUGGUGCAGCGUCGCAUGGCUGAGAUGGAGAAGAAGAACGCUGAGCUGGUCACAGCUGAGGCUGAGGCUGCAGGGGCACUGCAGGGGACAGCUGACUUGGCUGAUCAAAGCCUACCGAUAGCCUCAAUCGGGGGUAAAGCCUCCGCUCCUGCCCCGGGGACAGGUGAGGCUGUGACGGCUUCAGAGGUAUCGGUGAUGGCUGGCUCAGUCUUAAAGCCUGCUGUUUUAGAUGUCUCUGCAGACCUGGGUCCCGCCACCCCCUCCUCACCUGAACCCCCCUGCACCACCUCUACAGAGGUUAAACUAGCAGCUGCUUCACCCGCCACCCCCUCCUCACCUGAACCCCCCUGCACCACCUCUACAGAGGUUAAACUAGCAGCUGCGUCAGAACCAUUGGUGCCUUCCUCCCUCUCCCAGGCUGUGAAUGGAGUAGAGCUCACCAGGCUGACUUCAGGCCCAAUGUUAGAGUCGUCCCCUGUUCGAUAUGAUCAAUCCACAGUCACUGCUGCUCCUAGUGCAGCACCAAGUGGUCCCCACCGUAGUAGGUAACCAGGCGCCAGUAAUGUUAGUUCCGCCCUACUGCCCCCAUCCACCCUAACCCCAGCUCCUACCAGUGAUGCCCCUCUCUCUCCCCCAGCCUACUGCCCCCAUCCACCCUGACCCCAGCCCUGACCCCGUCCCUAACCCCAGCUCCUACCAGUGAUGUCCCUCUCUCUCCCCCAGACUACUGCCCCCAUCCACCCUGACCCCAGCUCCUACCAGUGAUGUCCCUCUCUCCCCCCCAGACUACUGCCCCCAUCCACCCUGACCCCAGCCCUGACCCCGUCCCUGACCCCAGCCCUGACCCCAGCCCUAACCCCAGUCCCAGCUCCUACCAGUGAUGCCCUUCUCUCUCCCAGCCUACUGCCCCCAUCCACCCUGACCCCGUCACUAACCCCAGCUCCUACCAGUGAUGCCCCUCUCUCUCCCCCAGACUACUGCCCCCAUCCACCCUGACCCCAGCCCUGACCCCAGCCCUAACCCCAGUCCCAGCUCCUACCAGUGAUGUCCCACUCUCCCCCAGACAACUGCCCCCAUCCACCCUGACCCCAGCCUACUGCCCCCAUCCACCCUGACCCCAGCCUACUGCCCCCAUCCACCCUGACCACACAGGACUGUCAUCUUGAGUGUAUGUAUAGAGUUGAACCAAGGAUCCUGGAGAACUACUGGAGGUGCAGGGUUUCAAUACAGCCCUGCACAAACAUUCUGGUCUUCAGUCAGUCUGGAGUCCUUGCUAUACUUGUCUGAAUCAAGUGUGUCACCUUACUACCCUGCAGUGCUUGGUUGUCAGCGAUACAGAGUACAAUAUGUUGAUGAGGAUUUUGCCUUGUUGUACAACACUGGCUUUUACAUCGUGAUGGAAAAAUACUAUUCUGUCAAAUAUUAAACGAUUCUGGAAAGGAA